AUGCCCGAAUACCUCAAGCUCUCCAUCUUCCUCAUUCUAUUUUAUGGCCCCUUCAUAUUCUUUUUGCUGAUACCAAACAAUUCAUUUUUCGCACAUUUGUCGAUCAAGCAAGUACAGUAUGAGAUAUGCUCACGAUUACCCGUCGGAUUCGCUCAGCACAAGAACAUAUUUGACUGUAAACCACCCAGCAUGACAGUUGCGAUCAUUAAACCUGACGGUAUGCCACAUCAACACGACAUAGUAUCGCAACUACAAGAGCACGGCUUCAGCAUUAAAUACGAUAAAACACUAAAUGCGACUACAGAUCAGAUCAAAGAAUGGUAUUUUGAUAAGCUGGACGCAUCCUAUUAUCCCGAGCUGGAGAGAUAUCUGACACGCAGCGAGAUACGAGUUAUGCAAUUAUGGAGAAUUGAAGCCAUCCCCUAUCUACGUCAAUUCAUUGGCCCCACUAACCCUCAUACAGCACGUCAGUUGUACCCAAAAUCUAUAAGGGCUCUGUAUGGUACAAAUGUCCAAGAAAAUGCGAUUCAUGCAAGUGAUUCAGAGGAGUCAGCUGAAAGAGAGUUUAAUAUAUUCUUCCAGCAGCAAGAGGCUGCGGUUUUGAACACAAGACGCUUUGAUUAG